UACUGACAGAGGGAGGGAGAAAGGAGUCAGUUCAGUCUAAACUGGGUUCUGGAGUUCCUUGCUUCAGGAUUAAGCUGAAAGUCUUACAGUAGACUUCCCCUGUACACUCCUGCCCAGAGGAAAGAACAGGGGGAUACGGUUUCCACAACAAUGGAAAUUCAAUCAGGAAAUGGAGAGGAGUUGGAGGUGGUGAGUGGCGAGUCAAUAGUGACCCCGGGGUCCGUUUCCUCCUCGCCAUAUCUCUCUGGCCCUCAGGCAGACGGCACGGAAGACCAAGUACUCCGGGAGGACCUCCAGGCUGCCAAGACCAUUGAGAGAUUUGACAUCCCUCUGAGUAGCUUGAAGAGGAUGUUUGAGAAGCCCCCAGGAGCAACAAACACCGAAGUGAGAGCCGUACAGUCCAGCACAUCUAGAAGAGCCCCAGCCAGUAGCUACCAGCUGGACCAGAAGAGCGACCCAUCACCUGGUGAGAACAUGGCCUCAACUCAAGAACCCAGCCUCUCUGCGGGCAGCGCGGGUGGAACCAGGUCAGGACGUCCUGAGGAAAAGGAAGGGGUGGUGAGUCAGAGGAAAGGAGACGGAGGAGCGCCCACCAGCGAGGAGCCGGAGUCCGUGUCACUAAAGGAACGCAUGGCCAUGUAUCAGGCUGCCGUGUCCAAGAAGGAGGCCAGCAGCUCGUCCGCCACGGUUAUGGAGGAGUCUGAAGCCUGUUCUCUGCCAGGGGGUCUGGCCAGCGUGAAGAAACAGUUUGAGAGCCAGGAGUACGCCUCAUCCUCCCAGUCCCAGACCAGCAUUACUCAGGUCUACGUAGAAAAGAAAUCCGUGCAGGAGGUGUCCAGCUCACAGGAGGUGACAGUGAGGAGCAGUGUCAGAGAGGUCAUUCCCACCACUCAGCAAGUGGCCUAUUUCCAUGACCAGGAGGUGACUCAUGAUCAAAGAGUUCAACAAAGCAACAUGGCCUCCAGUUAUGAAAACCAUUAUGAUGAAACAGUUAAGGUCAUAGGAGGAGAGGACUUACCAAAGGUCUCCACUCAGGCUUUGAAGCAGCAGUAUGAGAAGACGAUCGAACAGGCCACGCCGGGCAAGCAAAUCAAGAUUGAUCUGGAUUAUAACCAGUUUCAAUGGGCACCGGGAAACCAGUCCUCCUCAGCAGCAGCUAUCUAUGAAAGUUUGUCCACUGUGAAACAGUCGUCCAGGGCUUCAGCAGCAACGAGCUAUGAAACCUCAUCCACUAUGAGGACAGGGGUUGUCUCUUCAUCUACCACUGCCUCAGCCUCAUCCAAUACCAGGACAGGGGCUGUCUCUUCCUCUACCCCUGCCUUAGCCUCAUCCAAUAUGAGGACAGGGGUUGUCUCUUCAUCUACCACUGCCUCAGCCUCAUCCAAUACCAGGACAGGGGCUGUCUCUUCCUCUACCGCUGCCUCAGCCUCAUCCAAUAUCAGGACAGGGGCUGUCUCUUCCUCUACCGCUGCCUCAGCCUCAUCCAAUAUCAGGACAGGGGCUGUCUCUUCCUCUACCGCUGCCUCAGCCUCAUCCAUGGAUUAUGAGACCAUGGAGCACUUCCCUCCUCCACCCACUGAACUACUGCCCCAGGAGGUCCCCGAGUGCUGUGACUCUCUCCCGCCUCAGGAGCAGCCUGGCCAACAGAGAUACAUAUUCAACAAGGAGCAGUACUCCAAGCAGAGGAACCUCAAUGAGCUGAAGCGCCUGUACAAGCACAUGCACCCAGAGGUUCGGAGGACCAUGGAGAAGGAUUACUUCACCGACAUCACGGAGAUCGAGCAGUCACAGCUGGAUAGUGAAGAUGAGAUGACCGGGGAAGUCCAGCAGGCUUGCUAUGUGUUUGAGAACAGUGGUGGGGAUGAAUGUAUGAGCCCUGAGGGAGAUUACCUGGAGUGGGACGAGAUCCUUAAAGGGGAGGUGCAGUCCAUGCGCUGGAUGUUUGAGAAUAAGCCGCUGGAUACAAUUAAAGAUGACACCCCAGAUGAGGAUGAUGAAGUGAAGAACAUUGCUGAGCAGGAAAUCAUUGCAGGAAGUGAUGUCAAAUACACAGCCUGGAUGUUUGAGACCCAGCCCAUGGAUGCGCUGCGUGCAGACACCCCAGACUCCACCGUACAGACAGGGAAAUUGACCGAGCUAGCGAGAGGAGAUGUACGAACAGCCACCUAUCUUUUCGAGACCCAGCCACUGGAUUGUCUGAAUAAAUUCUACCAGGGGGAUGAGCAAGCCUUGGAGGUUGUCUUCACUAAAGAUAUUACAGGAGGUGAUGUGAAAACGGCCAGGUAUCUGUUUGAAACGCAACACUUGGAUUCCCUCAGCCACACAGAGACCAUUGAGGAGAGCCACUUCUUGAACCUGAAGUCAGAGCUUGAGGAGAUCAAAGGGGAAGUGAAGACAACCACGCGGAUGUUUGAGACCCAGCCCAUGUGUGUCAUCAGGGGCGACUCUGGAAAUAUACUGGAGAUCACCGCCAUCCGCAGGGAAGAGAUGGAGAAAGGAGACGUGAAGACCUCCCGCUGGCUCUUUGAGACCCAGCCUCUGGACAUGAUCAACAAAGACCCUGCCAAGAUGAAGCUGAUCUGUGGGGUCUCCAUGGAGGACAACUCCCAGGGAGGCGUGAACCGGGGGAGGUGGCUGUUCGAGACAAAGACACUGGACUCCAUUAAAGACGAGGAAUGGCAAAGCAUCAGGCAAAAGGAGGAGAUUAUUGGAGCAGAUGUGCGGAAGCACUGCUUGGUUUUCGAGACACAGCAGAUGGAUACUCUGAAAGACAACGCCAAUGCCAGACCUUUACCCUCAGAGGAGAUUGUAGGAGGUGAUGUGCGAUCAGCAAAACAUCUGUUUGAGACAGUGCCAAUAGAGAACCUGAAGGAUCUGGCUGAAGUAGGGAAACUUCAGAAGAUGGUUGCGUCCGAGGAGGAGAAGGGUGAUGUUAGACAUCAGAAGUGGGUUUUUGAAAGUCAACCACUUGAAAACAUAAGGGAGGAGAAGAAGGAAAUGACACGCACUAUAAACCUUGAAGAACUUGAUAAGGGCGACGUCACAAAUCACAAGGAAAGAUUUGAAACCUUGGAUUUAAGCAGAUGUGAGGGGGCACAGAGAAUCCAAGUUGAAGGUGUUACCAGUGGGUCUGUGAAAUCAAACAAAGUUCUUUUUGAAUCCACCCCGAUGUAUGCCAUGCAAGACAGCGAGGGACACUACCACGAGGUGAAAACCGUGCGACGUGAGGAGAUAGUAAAAGGAGAUGUUCGCAGCUGCAGGUGGAUGUUUGAAACACGUCUUAUCGAUGAGUUUGAGGAAAGUAUCAAUAAAUUCCAGAUUAUAAAAGGUAUAUCAAAGGAGGAGAUUGAAUCGGGCGAUGUCAAGACAGCCAAGUGGUUAUUUGAAACUCAACCCCUCGAUGGUAUUAAACAUUUUAGCAACACUGAAGAAGAUGAAACUAAGACAAAGGAGAGUGUUGAAAUUGAGAAGGGUGAUGUGAAAACCUGCAGGUGGCUGUUCGAGACUCAACCAAUGGAUAAUCUGUAUGAGAAAGCAGAUAAGGUGAGGAAUGAGACUGAGGUUGAGGAGGUCAACAAAGGGGACGUCAAAACAUGCACAUGGCUCUUUGAGACUCAGAACCUCGAUAACAUCUGUGACCAUUCCGAGUCCGAAUCAGAGACCGUUCUCAAAACCUGCACUGUCAAACAAGAGGACGUCCAAGGCAAAGAUGUGCAUCACGCUCGCUUCCUCUUUGAGACAGAGAACCUGGAGAACCUCACAGGGGAGGAGAGUGGUGCCUUCAGGAGAGUGACUAAGAUUGAUGUCCAGUCUGGAGAUGUGUCUAGGAUGAAGUUUCUCUUCCAGAAUAGGUCUUCAGACAUCAUGACCUCAACCUCAGCUGAAACGAUGCACAAGCUGAAGACCCUUACGGCGGAGGAAAUUCAGAAAGGAAAUGUGGUGAACAACAUGUGGCUUUUUGAAAACCAACCUAUAGACACUAUCUGUGAGGUUACAGAGGGAGCCAAGGACACUCGCACUGUAACCGAUGUGCUGGGAGGAAACGUUGGUCAAGGACGCUUCGUUUUCGAGACUUACUCUCUCGAUAAAAUCCAAGAGGAGUCCUCCGAGACUGAGAUGUCAAAACUCCAGAGCAUCAUCAGGGACGAUAUAGAGAAAGGGGAUGUGAAAAGCUACACCAUGAUGUUUGAAAAUCAGCCACUGUAUGCAAUCUGUGACAAAGAGGGCCACUACCAUGAAGUUACCACUAUGACAAAGGAAGAAAUCAUGAGCGGAGAUGUGGUGGGGGCCCGGUGGUUAUUUGAAACAAAACCUCUGGAUUCAAUAAGGGACACAGACAACGUCUAUGUCAUCAAAUCUGUCACUGAGGAGGACGUCCAGAAAGGUGAUGUCAGCACGGCCAGGUGGAGGUUCGAAACACAACCUCUUGAUGAAAUCGCUGAGGACAUGAAAGUGUUGACUAAAACAGUUGAAGAUAUCCAGGGUGGUGAUGUGAAGACAAACAAACACCUUUUUGAGACAGAUGAACUGUCCGAGAAGUAUGUUAGAACGGUUAGCGUGAGUGAGAUCCAAAAAGGGGACGUCAGGACAGCCUCGUGGAUGUUUGAAACACACAGCAUCGAUAAGAUCCGUGGAGAGAGCUCAGAAUAUGAUGAAAUGGAGACCGUGACAAAAGAAGAAGUGAUGAAAGGAGAUGUCAAACAGUCUGUGUGGCUCUUUGAAAAACAGCCGCUUGACAGCAUUAAAGAGUCAGACGGAACAGAGACUGUUGUCACCCGGGAGGAGAUCCCACAAGCAGAUGUAAAGACAACAACAUGGCUUUUUGAAACCACUCCUUUAACCAAAUUUAAUGAGAACAGUGUAGAAAGAACUGAAAUAAUGGGGAAGAGCAUCAAAGAGACCCUUGAAGAGCUGUAUUGUCAGAAAAUGGUUGACUCACAAGGGAUUCUCAUUGAGACGGAUGAGAUAGGAGAUGUCAGAAUGGCAAAAUACAGACUCUUGAACCAAGAUGCUCCAGAAAUCCAGAAGGAGGAGGUGAUCAGAGGGGAUCUGAACAACAUCAUGAUGAACCUCCUAAACAGACGAGAAAUGACAGAGACAGGGAUAGUCAUAGACCAGGACGAGAGAGGCAACAUCAACACAACAGUAAAACAGCUAUUCAACCAAGAAAAGGGAUUCAAUGUUGAGAAGGAGGAAAUCCUCAGAGGCGACAUUCAAGAGGCCAUCAACAACCUACUGAAGGAGGAGGGCUCCUCAAAACGUGGAAUUCUGAUUCAAGAAGAUGAAAAGGGAGAUGUGCGAAUGACUAUAUACUCCCUCCUCAAUAAGGAAGACGGUGGUGGCAUUGAGAAGGAGGAUAUCAUCAAAGGCAAUGUCAGUAGGACCCUUCACAGUCUCUUGUCCAACCCAGGGUCAGAGGAAUCUAAAAGGAUAAGGGUGGAAGACACGGAGAGGGGUAACGUUAGCUUUUACUCCACCUGUAUUGAAUCUGGGGCACUGGAUUACCUCAAACAACUCCAGUUUGAACCUAAUGAGGAACAAGAACAGGCGCAGAAGGAACGUAUCAUUGGCGGCGACGUUAUGGAAACCAAAAUGACACUAAGGAAGAAUCAACAGCAGAUUGAACGCACAGUAGCUGAGGACGAUAUUGUCCCUGGUGAUGUCAACAACACAGUGAAGGUGUUCAUGAUGGAACCUGCUCUCUUGCUGGACAACCUGCAGAAAGAGGAAAUUGUCAAGGGAGAUCUGAGGGCAGCCCUGGACUCACUGACCAAAACUAUUAGCAAGAGAGUCGUGAUAGAGAAAGAGGAAGUGGUGAAAGGGGACCUGCACACCACUCUGAGGUCUUUGGAGGAGGCUCAAAACCAAGCCAAGGAAAUGGAAAAGCCAGAAAUUGUCCGAGGUGAUAUCCGAGGAGCCCUCCAAUCAUUAGAGAAAUCGUCGACCACCAAGACUGAGGUAAUUGUUGAGGAUUUAGUGCCCGGCGAUAUCAAAGGCACCUUGAAAUCACUAGAAGAGGCUAAGCAGGCAGUGAAAGAGAUGGAAAAGGAGGAGAUUGUAAAGGGAGACAUUCAUACUGCGCUGAAGGGUUUGCAUGAGGCCUCGAGUGAGAAAAAGCUUUACCAGCACCAAGUGAGUGAACAGGGGGACGUGAGAGGCACAAUACAGCUGUUACUAGAACCAUCCACAUCCCCCCGAAUGCAACGCAGGGGAAGCACUGAGGGAGAUGUGAAGACCUCCAUAAAAUGCCUCUACGAAGGGCAGGGGCAGGACCAGGAUGAGGAGCAAUCACAGAUGGAGAAGGAGGAGGUGAUAAAGGGAGAUGUUAAAGGAGCCAUAAAGAAUCUGAUGCAGAGAAAAGAAUAUUCAAAUCGGAAAGUACGAAAGUAUCCUCCCAGGAAAGCUCCUAGAGCUCAUGUGAAAAAUCCAUUACCCACACAGCAAGUGAUGGACCAUGAAUACUCAGAUGUGGCUAAGAAUGAGAACGUCACAGUCAAUCUAGCCCCUGCUGUGAAAAACCUGUCUCAGAGUCAGAGCAGUAAAUUACAGGACGCCACACAAAAGCACACUGAGACGUACACCGAGAACAAGUCAGUGAAGAGCAGCAAGACCCUCACCCAAGAGGAACACUCUAUGACAACACAGGUCCAAACAGUACAUAUUUUGGAGGACUCACAGCAGGAACAUGUAAAAGAACAGACUGAAGUUAAAGAACAGACACAGUGUGUAAAACAGAAAAUGCAACCCCCUCCUAAGCACAUGAUCAUAAAGAAGAAAAACCUGACCAAUCAGAUGACCGAUAAUACAUCAAUUAAUCAGAUGACAGAGAUUAAAGCAGCCAAUCAGAGGACUGUGAAUAAAUCAGCCAAUCACAUGACUGAGAAUAAAGCAGCCAAUCAGAUGAUUGUAAAUAAAUCAGCCAAUCACAUGAGUGAGAAUAAAGCAUCCAAUCAGAUGAGUGUGAAUAAAUCAGCCAAUCAUAUAACUGAGAAUAAAGCAGGCAAUCAUAUGACUGAGAAUAAAGCAGCCAAUCAUAUGACUGAGAAUAAAGCAGUCUCAGACAUAAAUGUGACGAAAGAAACACAGAGAGAAACACAAGUCUCAGACAUGAACGUGACCACACAGGUCAAAACAGUCAAUAUGUCUGAGUCCUCACAGCAGACACAUGUUAAAAAACAGGCUGUGAAACAGAGAAUACCACCACCCCCUAAACCCAUCUUCAUAAAGAAGAAAAACAUGACCAAUCAGAUGACUGACAAUACAUCAACGAAUCAGAUAACUGAGAAUGAAGCAGCCUCAGACAUACAUGUGAUGAAAGAAAGACAAAGCACAUCUCAAACUAAUAUUGUUUCAAAGCAAACACAGGAAACAAAAACAAUGAAACGGUUGCAAACAACCGUGACAGAACAUAAGACUGUUACACAAAAACACAACGUCAAAAAUCUGAAUACAAAUUUCCGGAACCUGGACGUGAAGGGAAAAGGUAUGAUAAAGAAAGGGACGCCUGAGAUUCAUUUCCCUCCUCCUCCCACGUCCCCGCCUCCACCAUCUGAGUCUGAGAUGUCUCUUCCUCCCCCGCCCUCACCAGUGGCAGGCAGCCCAAUGUCCCUGUCAAGCCAUAGCCCAAUGUUUCCCACAUCCCGUCCCCUGAUUAUGAGACAGGACAGUGACCUUCCGCCUCCACCUCCUCCACCCCCAGCAGAAUGCGGGGAGCCUGACUUUUUCUCUUCUCCCCCACCCCCACCCUCCGAGGCAGGGCAAGACUUUCUUCCUCCACCGCCCUCACAGCAAGAGCUGAACUCAAUGCCACACCAAGUGCCUACACCACCCCCUGGAAAGCCAUUUAAAGCUAGGCCUUUAUUCAAAAUCCCGAAAUCUGAGCCACCCAAGAAACCAAUACUGGUCAAACCAAAAUGGCAGAAAAAGCAAGCAGUACCACCACCGCCUCCUCCACCUCCUCAUCCAAUGACAGUUCAGACAGAACAUAAAGAGGAAGCAGUCGUCAAGGAAGUCAAGAGUGAAAUCGGUUGUAAACAGGUGGAAACUACAAAUACUACCAACACACAGGUUCAAUCUGAUUUUAUAGUGUCCAUGAAUAAAAUCACUUCACCAAUCCCAGUGGCAAAACCACCAGAGGAAGAGUUGCCACGACCACCUAAAAAGGUAUUCAUCCCUCCAAUCAAAAUACCCCCACCUGCAGAGCCUGCCCCAGUUGCAAAACCUAAACCGUAUGCCAGUAAAUUCAAAACCCCACUGAUGCUUGCAGAGGAAAGGUAUCGUGUGCAGAGAGAGGAGGCUGAGAGAAACAAGUCACAAGACACAACUCCCGCCACUUCACGAGUCACAUCUCCCACCUCUCCUCCAACUAGUAUGAUGCAAAUGAUGGGCUCAACCAAUGUUGCAAGUGAACAACACUCAGUUGCACACAAAACAGAGCAGUCAAAAGUGACCUCAGAGGUAACACAGGCUGAGGAAACUCAGUUUAAAAGCAAAGUAUGCAUUUCAUCACAAGAGCCACCCAUGAAGAAAGCUCCAUCACAUAUCCCCCUGAGCAAACCUUUGAUCUCAGUGGGGGAAAAGAAAUCAACCUCUGGAUCUGGAAAUAUUUCCUCAGAUAAGAAACAUAUUACCACUGAUCAGUCCUCUAUGGUCUCUUCUGGGAAAGAACUCGCCUCAUCUGUUGCCUCCAGAAAACAUCAGGCUGUUUCCACUGGCGAGCAUCAGUCUGUUUCCUCUGGCGAGCAUCAGCCUGUUUCAGUCCCUGCUGCUCACCCUCACCAUGAGUCCCACAUUAAAGUCCAUUCUGGCGCUAAUGUGAUUUCAUCCUCAGUAGCUGAGCAGCAGAGUGGUAUGAAUGCUAGCUCACGGUCUAUCAUCUCCACUCAGAGCAUUGUCCAGGAAAAUGUACAUCUUCAAUCCCAAUCCGCCGUCACAUACAAAGCAGAGGAGGAAAAUAAUACUGACGCCUCUCUCACACAGAAAGUAACAAAAAAUCCAUCUCAGCCCACCAAAAUCAAAAUUCCAAAAGUGACACCAAAUUUCAAGGUGAGAACUGUGAAGUUGCCGACAGAGAAGGAGGAGGAGAAAAGCGAGGUGGUGGAAAAAGAUCAACGAGCAGUGAAAAACGAAUUACAUGUACAUCAAACGGGUAUGGAGACUAUUUCUAAGAGUGAGACCAGAGUAGUUCAGGAGAGCACGCAGACGGCCACCAGUAGCUCAGCAAAAAAUGAAGUAAAGGUGGCGACGAAUGUGAUACAGGAGAAAGCUGAGGAAGUUGAAAAAACUGCAGCUGCCAAGGAAACAAAGCUGGAGAUCCAAAGGACGACAAAGGCAAAGCAGAAAGGCAUUAAAGUCCCUUUUCCCAAAGAGCCAAAGCUAGUUCCCAUGCCAGUAGCUCAAGCUCCAGGGCACUGCCACAUAUCUGUCUCCCAUAGUCAACAGAGCAUGCAGGAACAGCACAUUCAGAAGCAGGAGCAAGUGAUUGUUAAUGAGAGAGUAGUUCAACAGAGCUUCCAGAAACAGAAACAGCAGGUUCGCACACAGAAGCAGCAGGUCGAGUCUUUCCAACAACAAGGAGAAGUAAGCAAAAUGCAGCAGCAUCAGGAGAGGUCGAAGGCAGAGUCUACGGCUGUCUCCAUGAACAUUGCAGGGAAGGCAGCAGCACAGACAGAAGCAGCUCAAUCAAUGGCGGAAAGCUCAGCUCAAUCAGUGGAGGAGAGCACAGAUUCGGAGAAAUGUGUAAUGGUACAGAAGCUGCUAUUUAACAUUAAGCAGCUUCAUCCAGGGAAAAUGGAUUCAAACUCAGUGAGGACAAUACUUAGUGGGGUCCCUGACUGGUUGAUGAGGGCGGAGGAAAAGCAUGAUUUAAAACAGGUUGCUGCUCAGCAGAAUAAGAAGAAGCUCACAGAGAUAAUUUUCCACGUGAGAAACUUAGCACAAGCAAAACUUGUAAACUUAGAAGGACAAAUGGCAGCCAUGGCAAAACAGGAUAGAGAACCGGCACCUGCAUCAUCACCUGCACCACCACCUGCACCAGCAUCUGAAAAUAAAGGAUUUGGAGGAGCAACAGCCAAGAUAUCUAAAACAAGCAUUGGCUCAUCAAGAGUCGAAACCCAUAAGAAAGUGGUUGAAGAGAAGAAGAUCUCUCGUGAGAGCAAAAAGCCGGAGCUGACUGAAGUAAAAGGUCCUGAUCCCAGAGUUCCCUCUCCUAUGCUUGCAACGCGAACACCUUCACCUACCUUCAUCAGCAUUGAAUCAGUGAGGAGAACAGACUCACCCCUCAUGGUGACCCCCUCACCUCCUCCGUCAUACAGGUCUGGUGCCACACCAACCCCACCACCUCCCCCUCCCCGCACCCCUACCUCUCGGUUCUGUAGGGCCAUACACUCUCCCACCUUGAGCAGCUCAGAGAAGUUAGCCAAGUUGAAGGACACCACUGCGAAGCUCUAUAGGGGCAUGACCCCUCCCCCACCCAUGCCUGAGUUUCUGACCACAGAGCAUGCCUCUGACAGAGAGGAUUCCCCAGCGCUGAUUGAACCUGAGAUCCACAUGCAGACACAGGAGAUGGAGACUGGGACGACGACUCCGGAUGUGGCUGAUAUGGAUGACUCCAUGAUGACUGUCAGAGACAAGAAGUUCUUCUUUGAGGAAGCUCAGAAGGCAGAGGUGAGCAGGACAUACAUGCGGAAGGACCCCAUUGAAAUCCCGGAGCGCCUGGGUCCAGAGGAUCUAGAGGAAGUUCCUGAGGGUGUGAAUAUAGACAUAAUGAAAGAGGAUCUCCCUAGGCUUGGCCUGUCAAAGCUGGUCAAUCAAUUUGAAUCACCACAACAGAAGCUGUUCAUCAGAAAAGAUCCCAUGAUCAUCACAGAUAGACUGGGAAGUGACACUGAAGAUCCAGAGGCAGACCCCAAAACGGCAAAAACUGAUGAAACACCUGCCUUCAACAUCAAGGCCAUCAAGAAUGCCUUUGACUUGGGUGAUCAUAAUGCUCUCAAAGAAGUGAGAGAGAAACAAGAGGAGAGAGAGAGGCGAGAAUCAGAGUCUGCCGAACCGACGGGGCAUUCCGAAACAAAGUCCGUCACUGAGGAGUUCUCUGGCAUGGAUGAAUUUGGCAACAUAACAAGUGGGGUGAGGAGCGAGACCAGCAUGCACUCUGAGAGCCACAUGUCCCGCCCCCUCCCUCCCUCCUAUGCCGACGUGGUGAAAGGGACGGUUGAAGAGAUGGCAGUUCCUGUGAAGGCCGCCACAGAGGACGUAAUGAAGAGCUUCAACCAGUCCUGGGCCGAAACAGAGAGUAUGUUCCAGAAUCUGGGAUUCAGUGUCUCAGAACAGAGGACAUCACAGAUUGUAACACACCAGCAGGAGACUGUCGUGACGGAAAAUUCGAGUUCCAGAGUCCGAACUGUGCACGGUGUGUCGGAAGAGGGUGUAUCCGAUGGAGUGUCUGGUCGCAGACAAACACAAUUUCCAUAAAAGCUGCUUCCGCUGUGAGCACUGCAGUGGCAAACUAAGCCUUGGCAACUACGCCUCUCUCCAUGGACGAAUGUACUGCAAGCCACACUUCAAGCAACUGUUCAAAUCCAAAGGAAAUUAUGACGAA